AUGAUGUCGCGUGGAAUGAACGGCGCAACGAGCGGGACAUUGAAUGAACGUUUUAUCAAGUGUACAGGCUGUAAAGUCAAUAUACCAAAGGAUGAUAUGGUGGCAUUGGGCAAAUGUACUGUAUGUGGACGGGUGUAUGAGACUGUGACGACAGCAGACGGGAGAGGAGGAAGUGAGGUGAUAACUGUGGCUUUUGACAACACUGGAACAACUUCAAUAACGGAAGUGAAGAAACCCAAGAGAAAGCGAUGGGCCGUACUUACAUCAAAGAAAGGACGUACUUAUUAUCAUAAUACGGAAACAGGCGAAGAUCGAUGGGAUAAACCUGUGGACUUGGAUGCUGAUGCUGCUGACAACACAUUUGUGCCGUUCAAGAACGAUGCGGUGAAGAAAGCAGUACUACGUGAGCAGAUGAAGCUCGAGGCGACGAAGAUGGGUGUACCGAUGGAAGUAGUUGCGGUUACGCAGCAUCGAUUGCAGCAUGAGGAUGAAAUUAAUGAUCCUUUUACCAACAUGGUAGUGGAUCGUAGUGGUCAAGGCAAGAACACAUCAAUGAUUCGAGCGGCUAGUCCCAAUAACGAAGCUAAAGCUGCAAUGUCAUUAUCUAGUGAAGAAGAUGCAGCAAACUCGUCAUUAUCAAUGCCAUUGACUCAGCAACCGGCACAGAUCAAUGAGUCAUCAUCAUGUAGUGUAAUGUAA